AUGGGUGCAUGCAUAUGGACAUCAAACAAAGCAGGAUGGCGUGGUGUAACUCAGUUCGAUGCGGUGCGCCCCCAUGGAUUAAGGCACGCCCCCGGAUUAAGGUUCACCCCCGAAUUAAGGUUCGCCCCCGGAUUAAGGUUCGCCCCCGGAUUAAGGUUCGCCCCCGGAUUAAGGUUCGCCCCCGGAUUAAGGUUCGCCCCCGGAUUAAGGUUCGCCCCCGGAUUAAGGUUCGCCCCCGGAUUAAGGUUCGCCCCCGGAUUAAGGUUCGCCCCCGGAUUAAGGUUCGCCCCCGGAUUAAGGUUCGCCCCCGGAUUAAGGUUCGCCCCCGGAUUAAGGUUCGCCCCCGGAUUAAGGUUCGCCCCCGGAUUAAGGUUCGCCCCCGGAUUAAGGUUCGCCCCCGGAUUAAGGUUCGCCCCCGGAUUAAGGUUCGCCCCCGGAUUAAGGUUCGCCCCCGGAUUAAGGUUCGCCCCCGGAUUAAGGUUCGCCCCCGGAUUAAGGUUCGCCCCCGGAUUAAGGUUCGCCCCCGGAUUAAGGUUCGCCCCCGGAUUAAGGUUCGCCCCCGGAUUAAGGUUCGCCCCCGGAUUAAGGUUCGCCCCCGGAUUAAGGUUCGCCCCCGGAUUAAGGUUCGCCCCCGGAUUAAGGUUCGCCCCCGGAUUAAGGUUCGCCCCCGGAUUAAGGUUCGCCCCCGGAUUAAGGUUCGCCCCCGGAUUAAGGUUCGCCCCCGGAUUAAGGUUCGCCCCCGGAUUAAGGUUCGCCCCCGGAUUAAGGUUCGCCCCCGGAUUAAGGUUCGCCCCCGGAUUAAGGUUCGCCCCCGGAUUAAGGUUCGCCCCCGGAUUAAGGUUCGCCCCCGGAUUAAGGUUCGCCCCCGGAUUAAGGUUCGCCCCCGGAUUAAGGUUCGCCCCCGGAUUAAGGUUCGCCCCCGGAUUAAGGCUCGCCCCCGGAUUAAGGUUCGCCCCCGGAUUAAGGUUCGCCCCCGGAUUAAGGUUCGCCCCCGGAUUAAGGUUCGCCCCCGGAUUAAGGUUCGCCCCCGGAUUAAGGUUCGCCCCCGGAUUAAGGUUCGCCCCCGGAUUAAGGUUCGCCCCCGGAUUAAGGUUCGCCCCCGGAUUAAGGUUCGCCCCCGGAUUAAGGUUCGCCCCCGGAUUAAGGUUCGCCCCCGGAUUAAGGUUCGCCCCCGGAUUAAGGUUCGCCCCCGGAUUAAGGCUCGCCCCCGGAUUAAGGUUCGCCCCCGGAUUAAGGUUCGCCCCCGGAUUAAGGUUCGCCCCCGGAUUAAGGUUCGCCCCCGGAUUAAGGUUCGCCCCCGGAUUAAGGUUCGCCCCCGGAUUAAGGUUCGCCCCCGGAUUAAGGUUCGCCCCCGGAUUAAGGUUCGCCCCCGGAUUAAGGUUCGCCCCCGGAUUAAGGUUCGCCCCCGGAUUAAGGUUCGCCCCCGGAUUAAGGUUCGCCCCCGGAUUAAGGUUCGCCCCCGGAUUAAGGUUCGCCCCCGGAUUAAGGUUCGCCCCCGGAUUAAGGUUCGCCCCCGGAUUAAGGUUCGCCCCCGGAUUAAGGUUCGCCCCCGGAUUAAGGUUCGCCCCCGGAUUAAGGUUCGCCCCCGGAUUAAGGUUCGCCCCCGGAUUAAGGUUCGCCCCCGGAUUAAGGUUCGCCCCCGGAUUAAGGUUCGCCCCCGGAUUAAGGUUCGCCCCCGGAUUAAGGUUCGCCCCCGGAUUAAGGUUCGCCCCCGGAUUAAGGUUCGCCCCCGGAUUAAGGUUCGCCCCCGGAUUAAGGUUCGCCCCCGGAUUAAGGUUCGCCCCCGGAUUAAGGUUCGCCCCCGGAUUAAGGUUCGCCCCCGGAUUAAGGUUCGCCCCCGGAUUAAGGUUCGCCCCCGGAUUAAGGUUCGCCCCCGGAUUAAGGUUCGCCCCCGGAUUAAGGUUCGCCCCCGGAUUAAGGUUCGCCCCCGGAUUAAGGUUCGCCCCCGGAUUAAGGUUCGCCCCCGGAUUAAGGUUCGCCCCCGGAUUAAGGUUCGCCCCCGGAUUAAGGUUCACCGCCGGAUUAAGGUUCGCCCCGGGAAUAAGGUUCGCCCCCGGAUUAAGGUUCGCCCCCGGAUUAAGGUUCGCCCCCGGAUUAAGGUUCGCCCCCGGAUUAAGGUUCGCCCCCGGAUUAAGGUUCGCCCCCGGAUUAAGGUUCGCCCCCGGAUUAAGGUUCGCCCCCGGAUUAAGGUUCGCCCCCGAAUUAAUGUUCGCCCCCGGAUUAAGGUUCGCCCCCGGAUUAAGGUUCGCCCCCGGAUUAAGGUUCGCCCCCGGAUUAAGGUUCGCCCCCGGAUUAAGGUUCGCCCCCGGAUUAAGGUUCGCCCCCGGAUUAAGGUUCGCCCCCGGAUUAAGGUUCGCCCCCGGAUUAAGGUUCGCCCCCGGAUUAAGGUUCGCCCCCGGAUUAAGGUUCGCCCCCGGAUUAAGGUUCGCCCCCGGAUUAAGGUUCGCCCCCGGAUUAAGGUUCGCCCCCGGAUUAAGGUUCGCCCCCGGAUUAAGGUUCGCCCCCGGAUUAAGGUUCGCCCCCGGAUUAAGGUUCGCCCCCGGAUUAAGGUUCGCCCCCGGAUUAAGGUUCGCCCCCGGAUUAAGGUUCGCCCCCGGAUUAAGGUUCGCCCCCGGAUUAAGGUUCGCCCCCGGAUUAAGGUUCGCCCCCGGAUUAAGGUUCGCCCCCGGAUUAAGGUUCGCCCCCGGAUUAAGGUUCGCCCCCGGAUUAAGGUUCGCCCCCGGAUUAAGGUUCGCCCCCGGAUUAAGGUUCGCCCCCGGAUUAAGGUUCGCCCCCGGAUUAAGGUUCGCCCCCGGAUUAAGGUUCGCCCCCGGAUUAAGGUUCGCCCCCGGAUUAAGGUUCGCCCCCGGAUUAAGGUUCGCCCCCGGAUUAAGGUUCGCCCCCGGAUUAAGGUUCGCCCCCGGAUUAAGGUUCGCCCCCGGAUUAAGGUUCGCCCCCGGAUUAAGGUUCGCCCCCGGAUUAAGGUUCGCCCCCGGAUUAAGGUUCGCCCCCGGAUUAAGGUUCGCCCCCGGAUUAAGGUUCGCCCCCGGAUUAAGGUUCCCCGCCGGAUUAAGGUUCGCCCCGGGAAUAAGGUUCGCCCCCGGAUUAAGGUUCGCCCCCGGAUUAAGGUUCGCCCCCGGAUUAAGGUUCGCCCCCGGAUUAAGGUUCGCCCCCGGAUUAAGGUUCGCCCCCGGAUUAAGGUUCGCCCCCGGAUUAAGGUUCGCCCCCGGAUUAAGGUUCGCCCCCGGAUUAAGGUUCGCCCCCGAAUUAAUGUUCGCCCCCGGAUUAAGGUUCGCCCCCGGAUUAAGGUUCGCCCCCGGAUUAAGGUUCGCCCCCGGAUUAAGGUUCGCCCCCGGAUUAAGGUUCGCCCCCGGAUUAAGGUUCGCCCCCGGAUUAAGGUUCGCCCCCGGAUUAAGGUUCGCCCCCGGAUUAAGGUUCGCCCCCGGAUUAAGGUUCGCCCCCGGAUUAAGGUUCGCCCCCGGAUUAAGGUUCGCCCCCGGAUUAAGGUUCGCCCCCGGAUUAAGGUUCGCCCCCGGAUUAAGGUUCGCCCCCGGAUUAAGGUUCGCCCCCGGAUUAAGGUUCGCCCCCGGAUUAAGGUUCGCCCCCGGAUUAAGGUUCGCCCCCGGAUUAAGGUUCGCCCCCGGAUUAAGGUUCGCCCCCGGAUUAAGGUUCGCCCCCGGAUUAAGGUUCGCCCCCGGAUUAAGGUUCGCCCCCGGAUUAAGGUUCGCCCCCGGAUUAAGGUUCGCCCCCGGAUUAAGGAUCGCCCACGGAUUAAUGUUCGCCCCCGGAUUAAGGUUCGCCCCCGGAUUAAGGUUCGCCCCCGGAUUAAGGUUCGCCCCCGGAUUAAGGUUCGCCCCCGGAUUAAGGUUCGCCCCCGGAUUAAGGUUCGCCCCCGGAUUAAGGUUCGCCCCCGGAUUAAGGUUCGCCCCCGGAUUAAGGUUCGCCCCCGGAUUAAGGUUCGCCCCCGGAUUAAGGUUCGCCCCCGGAUUAAGGUUCGCCCCCGGAUUAAGGUUCGCCCCCGGAUUAAGGUUCGCCCCCGGAUUAAGGUUCGCCCCCGGAUUAAGGUUCGCCCCCGGAUUAAGGUUCGCCCCCGGAUUAAGGUUCGCCCCCGGAUUAAGGUUCGCCCCCGGAUUAAGGUUCGCCCCCGGAUUAAGGUUCGCCCCCGGAUUAAGGUUCGCCCCCGGAUUAAGGUUCGCCCCCGGAUUAAGGUUCGCCCCCGGAUUAAGGUUCGCCCCCGGAUUAAGGUUCGCCCCCGGAUUAAGGUUCGCCCCCGGAUUAAGGUUCGCCCCCGGAUUAAGGUUCGCCCCCGGAUUAAGGUUCGCCCCCGGAUUAAGGUUCGCCCCCGGAUUAAGGUUCGCCCCCGGAUUAAGGUUCGCCCCCGGAUUAAGGUUCGCCCCCGGAUUAAGGUUCGCCCCCGGAUUAAGGUUCGCCCCCGGAUUAAGGUUCGCCCCCGGAUUAAGGUUCGCCCCCGGAUUAAGGUUCGCCCCCGGAUUAAGGUUCGCCCCCGGAUUAAGGUUCGCCCCCGGAUUAAGGUUCGCCCCCGGAUUAAGGUUCGCCCCCGGAUUAAGGAUCGCCCACGGAUUAAUGUUCGCCCCCGGAUUAAGGUUCGCCCCCGGAUUAAGGUUCGCCCCCGGAUUAAGGUUCGCCCCCGGAUUAAGGUUCGCCCCCGGAUUAAGGUUCGCCCCCGGAUUAAGGUUCGCCCCCGGAUUAAGGUUCGCCCCCGGAUUAAGGUUCGCCCCCGGAUUAAGGUUCGCCCCCGGAUUAAGGUUCGCCCCCGGAUUAAGGUUCGCCCCCGGAUUAAGGUUCGCCCCCGGAUUAAGGUUCGCCCCCGGAUUAAGGUUCGCCCCCGGAUUAAGGUUCGCCCCCGGAUUAAGGUUCGCCCCCGGAUUAAGGUUCGCCCCGGGAAUAAGGUUCGCCCCCGGAUUAAGGUUCGCCCCCGGAUUAAGGUUCGCCCCCGGAUUAAGGUUCGCCCCCGGAUUAAGGUUCGCCCCCGGAUUAAGGUUCGCCCCCGGAUUAAGGUUCGCCCUCAGAUUAAGGUUCGCCCCCGGAUUAAGGUUCGCCCCCGGAUUAAGGUUCGCCCCCGAAUUAAUGUUCGCCCCCGGAUUAAGGUUCGCCCCCGGAUUAAGGUUCGCCCCCGGAUUAAGGUUCGCCCCCGGAUUAAGGUUCGCCCCCGGAUUAAGGUUCGCCCCCGGAUUAAGGUUCGCCCCCGGAUUAAGGUUCGCCCCCGGAUUAAGGUUCGCCCCCGGAUUAAGGUUCGCCCCCGGAUUAAGGUUCGCCCCCGGAUUAAGGUUCGCCCCCGGAUUAAGGUUCGCCCCCGGAUUAAGGUUCGCCCCCGGAUUAAGGUUCGCCCCGGGAAUAAGGUUCGCCCCCGGAUUAAGGUUCGCCCCCGGAUUAAGGUUCGCCCCCGGAUUAAGGUUCGCCCCCGGAUUAAGGUUCGCCCCCGGAUUAAGGUUCGCCCCCGGAUUAAGGUUCGCCCCCGGAUUAAGGUUCGCCCCCGGAUUAAGGAUCGCCCACGGAUUAAUGUUCGCCCCCGGAUUAAGGUUCGCCCCCGGAUUAAGGUUCGCCCCCGGAUUAAGGUUCGCCCCCGGAUUAAGGUUCGCCCCCGGAUUAAGGUUCGCCCCCGGAUUAAGGUUCGCCCCCGGAUUAAGGUUCGCCCCCGGAUUAAGGUUCGCCCCCGGAUUAAGGUUCGCCCCCGGAUUAAGGUUCGCCCCCGGAUUAAGGUUCGCCCCCGGAUUAAGGUUCGCCCACGAAUUAAGGUUCGCCCCCGGAUUAAGGUUCGCCCCCGGAUUAAGGUUCGCCCCCGGAUUAAGGUUCGCCCCCGGAUUAAGGUUCGCCCCGGGAAUAAGGUUCGCCCCCGGAUUAAGGUUCGCCCCCGGAUUAAGGUUCGCCCCCGGAUUAAGGUUCGCCCCCGGAUUAAGGUUCGCCCCCGGAUUAAGGUUCGCCCCCGGAUUAAGGUUCGCCCCCGGAUUAAGGUUCGCCCCCGGAUUAAGGUUCGCCCCCGAAUUAAUGUUCGCCCCCGGAUUAAGGUUCGCCCCCGGAUUAAGGUUCGCCCUCGGAUUAAGGUUCGCCCCCGGAUUAAGGUUCGCCCCCGGAUUAAGGAUCGCCCACGGAUUAAUGUUCGCCCCCGGAUUAAGGUUCGCCCCCGGAUUAAGGUUCGCCCCCGGAUUAAGGUUCGCCCCCGGAUUAAGGUUCGCCCCCGGAUUAAGGUUCGCCCCCGGAUUAAGGUUCGCCCCCGGAUUAAGGUUCGCCCCCGGAUUAAGGUUCGCCCCCGGAUUAAGGUUCGCCCCCGGAUUAAGGUUCGCCCCCGGAUUAAGGUUCGCCCCCGGAUUAAGGUUCGCCCCCGGAUUAAGGUUCGCCCCCGGAUUAAGGUUCGCCCCCGGAUUAAGGUUCGCCCCCGGAUUAAGGUUCGCCCCCGGAUUAAGGUUCGCCCCGGGAAUAAGGUUCGCCCCCGGAUUAAGGUUCGCCCCCGGAUUAAGGUUCGCCCCCGGAUUAAGGUUCGCCCCCGGAUUAAGGUUCGCCCCCGGAUUAAGGUUCGCCCCCGGAUUAAGGUUCGCCCCCGGAUUAAGGUUCGCCCCCGGAUUAAGGUUCGCCCCCGGAUUAAGGUUCGCCCCCGAAUUAAUGUUCGCCCCCGGAUUAAGGUUCGCCCCCGGAUUAAGGUUCGCCCCCGGAUUAAGGUUCGCCCCCGGAUUAAGGUUCGCCCCCGGAUUAAGGUUCGCCCCCGGAUUAAGGUUCGCCCCCGAAUUAAUGUUCGCCCCCGGAUUAAGGUUCGCCCCCGGAUUAAGGUUCGCCCCCGGAUUAAGGUUCGCCCCCGGAUUAAGGUUCGCCCCCGGAUUAAGGUUCGCCCCCGGAUUAAGGUUCGCCCCCGGAUUAAGGUUCGCCCCCGGAUUAAGGUUCGCCCCCGGAUUAAGGUUCGCCCCCGGAUUAAGGUUCGCCCCCGGAUUAAGGUUCGCCCCCGGAUUAAGGUUCGCCCCCGGAUUAAGGUUCGCCCCCGGAUUAAGGUUCGCCCCCGGAUUAAGGUUCGCCCCCGGAUUAAGGUUCGCCCCCGGAUUAAGGUUCGCCCCCGGAUUAAGGUUCGCCCCCGGAUUAAGGAUCGCCCACGGAUUAAUGUUCGCCCCCGGAUUAAGGUUCUCCCCCGGAUUAUGGUUCGCCCCCAGAUUAAGGUUCGCCCCCGGAUUAAGGUUCGCCCCCGGAUUAAGGUUCGCCCCCGGAUUAAGGUUCGCCCCCGGAUUAAGGUUCGCCCCCGGAUUAAGGUUCGCCCCCGGAUUAAGGUUCGCCCCCGGAUUAAGGUUCGCCCCCGGAUUAAGGUUCGCCCCCGGAUUAAGGUUCGCCCCCGGAUUAAGGUUCGCCCCCGGAUUAAGGUUCGCCCCCGGAUUAAGGUUCGCCCCCGGAUUAAGGUUCGCCCCCGGAUUAAGGUUCGCCCCCGAAUUAAUGUUCGCCCCCGGAUUAAGGUUCGCCCCCGGAUUAAGGUUCGCCCACGGAUUAAGGUUCGCCCCCGGAUUAAGGUUCGCCCCCUGGUUAAGGUUCGCCCCCGGAUUAAGGUUCGCCGCCGGACUAAGGUUCACCCCGGGAAUAAGGUUCGCCCCCGGAUUAAGGUUCGCCCCCGGAUUAAGGUUCGCCCCCGGAUUAAGGUUCGCCCCCGGAUUAAGGUUCGCCCCCGGAUUAAGGUUCGCCCCCGGAUUAAGGAUCGCCCACGGAUUAAUGUUCGCCCCCGGAUUAAGGUUCGCCCCCGGAUUAAGGUUCGCCCCCGGAUUAAGGUUCGCCCCCGGAUUAAGGUUCGCCCCCGGAUUAAGGUUCGCCCCCGAAUUAAUGUUCGCCCCCGGAUUAAGGUUCGCCCCCGGAUUAAGGUUCGCCCCCGGAUUAAGGUUCGCCCCCGGAUUAAGGUUCGCCCCCGGAUUAAGGUUCGCCCCCGGAUUAAGGUUCGCCCCCGGAUUAAGGUUCGCCCCCGGAUUAAGGUUCGCCCCCGGAUUAAGGUUCGCCCCCGGAUUAAGGUUCGCCCCCGGAUUAAGGUUCGCCCCCGGAUUAAGGUUCGCCCCCGGAUUAAGGUUCGCCCCCGGAUUAAGGUUCGCCCCGGGAAUAAGGUUCGCCCCCGGAUUAAGGUUCGCCCCCGGAUUAAGGUUCGCCCCCGGAUUAAGGUUCGCCCCCGGAUUAAGGUUCGCCCCCGGAUUAAGGUUCGCCCCCGGAUUAAGGUUCGCCCCCGGAUUAAGGUUCGCCCCCGGAUUAAGGAUCACCCACGGAUUAAUGUUCGCCCCCGGAUUAAGGUUCGCCCCCGGAUUAAGGUUCGCCCCCGGAUUAAGGUUCGCCCCCGGAUUAAGGUUCGCCCCCGGAUUAAGGUUCGCCCCCGGAUUAAGGUUCGCCCCCGGAUUAAGGUUCGCCCCCGGAUUAAGGUUCGCCCCCGGAUUAAGGUUCGCCCCCGGAUUAAGGUUCGCCCCCGGAUUAAGGUUCGCCCCCGGAUUAAGGUUCGCCCACGAAUUAAGGUUCGCCCCCGGAUUAAGGUUCGCCCCCGGAUUAAGGUUCGCCCCCGGAUUAAGGUUCGCCCCCGGAUUAAGGUUCGCCCCGGGAAUAAGGUUCGCCCCCGGAUUAAGGUUCGCCCCCGGAUUAAGGUUCGCCCCCGGAUUAAGGUUCGCCCCCGGAUUAAGGUUCGCCCCCGGAUUAAGGUUCGCCCCCGGAUUAAGGUUCGCCCCCGGAUUAAGGUUCGCCCCCGGAUUAAGGUUCGCCCCCGAAUUAAUGUUCGCCCCCGGAUUAAGGUUCGCCCCCGGAUUAAGGUUCGCCCCCGGAUUAAGGUUCGCCCCCGGAUUAAGGUUCGCCCCCGGAUUAAGGUUCGCCCCCGGAUUAAGGUUCGCCCCCGGAUUAAGGUUCGCCCCCGGAUUAAGGUUCGCCCCCGGAUUAAGGUUCGCCCCCGGAUUAAGGUUCGCCCCCGGAUUAAGGUUCGCCCCCGAAUUAAUGUUCGCCCCCGGAUUAAGGUUCGCCCCCGGAUUAAGGUUCGCCCCCGGAUUAAGGUUCGCCCCCGGAUUAAGGUUCGCCCCCGGAUUAAGGUUCGCCCCCGGAUUAAGGUUCGCCCCCUGGUUAAGGUUCGCCCCCGGAUUAAGGUUCGCCCCCGGAUUAAGGUUCGCCCCGGGAAUAAGGUUCGCCCCCGGAUUAAGGUUCGCCCCCGGAUUAAGGUUCGCCCCCGGAUUAAGGUUCGCCCCCGGAUUAAGGUUCGCCCCCGGAUUAAGGUUCGCCCCCGAAUUAAUGUUCGCCCCCGGAUUAAGGUUCGCCCCCGGAUUAAGGUUCGCCCCCGGAUUAAGGUUCGCCCCCGGAUUAAGGUUCGCCCCCGGAUUAAGGUUCGCCCCCGGAUUAAGGUUCGCCCCCGGAUUAAGGUUCGCCCCCGGAUUAAGGUUCGCCCCCGGAUUAAGGUUCGCCCCCGGAUUAAGGUUCGCCCCCGGAUUAAGGUUCGCCCCCGGAUUAAGGUUCGCCCCCGGAUUAAGGUUCGCCCCCGGAUUAAGGUUCGCCCCCGGAUUAAGGUUCGCCCCCGGAUUAAGGUUCGCCCCCGGAUUAAGGUUCGCCCCCGGAUUAAGGUUCGCCCCCGGAUUAAGGAUCGCCCACGGAUUAAUGUUCGCCCCCGGAUUAAGGUUCGCCCCCGGAUUAAGGUUCGCCCCCGGAUUAAGGUUCGCCCCCGGAUUAAGGUUCGCCCCCGGAUUAAGGUUCGCCCCCGGAUUAAGGUUCGCCCCCGGAUUAAGGUUCGCCCCCGGAUUAAGGUUCGCCCCCGGAUUAAGGUUCGCCCCCGGAUUAAGGUUCGCCCCCGGAUUAAGGUUCGCCCCCGGAUUAAGGUUCGCCCCCGGAUUAAGGUUCGCCCCCGGAUUAAGGUUCGCCCCCGGAUUAAGGUUCGCCCCCGGAUUAAGGUUCGCCCCCGGAUUAAGGUUCGCCCCGGGAAUAAGGUUCGCCCCCGGAUUAAGGUUCGCCCCCGGAUUAAGGUUCGCCCCCGGAUUAAGGUUCGCCCCCGGAUUAAGGUUCGCCCCCGGAUUAAGGUUCGCCCCCGGAUUAAGGUUCGCCCCCGGAUUAAGGUUCGCCCCCGGAUUAAGGUUCGCCCCCGGAUUAAGGUUCGCCCCCGAAUUAAUGUUCGCCCCCGGAUUAAGGUUCGCCCCCGGAUUAAGGUUCGCCCACGGAUUAAGGUUCGCCCCCGGAUUAAGGUUCGCCCCCUGGUUAAGGUUCGCCCCCGGAUUAAGGUUCGCCCCCGGAUUAAGGUUCGCCCCCGGAUUAAGGUUCGCCCCCGGAUUAAGGUUCGCCCCCGGAUUAAGGUUCGCCCCCGGAUUAAGGUUCGCCCCCGGAUUAAGGUUCGCCCCCGGAUUAAGGUUCGCCCCCGGAUUAAGGUUCGCCCCCGGAUUAAGGUUCGCCCCCGGAUUAAGGUUCGCCCCCGGAUUAAGGUUCGCCCCCGAAUUAAUGUUCGCCCCCGGAUUAAGGUUCGCCCCCGGAUUAAGGUUCGCCCCCGGAUUAAGGUUCGCCCCCGGAUUAAGGUUCGCCCCCGGAUUAAGGUUCGCCCCCGGAUUAAGGUUCGCCCCCGGAUUAAGGUUCGCCCCCGGAUUAAGGUUCGCCCCCGGAUUAAGGUUCGCCCCCGGAUUAAGGUUCGCCCCCGGAUUAAGGUUCGCCCCCGGAUUAAGGUUCGCCCCCGGAUUAAGGUUCGCCCCCGGAUUAAGGUUCGCCCCCGGAUUAAGGUUCGCCCCCGGAUUAAGGUUCGCCCCCGGAUUAAGGUUCGCCCCCGGAAGAAGGUUCGCCCCCGGAUUAAGGUUCGCCCCCGGAUUAAGGUUCGCCCCCGGAUUAAGGUUCGCCCCCGGAUUAAGGUUCGCCCCCGGAUUAAGGUUCGCCCCCGGAUUAAGGUUCGCCCCCGGAUUAAGGUUCGCCCCCGGAUUAAGGUUCGCCCCCGGAUUAAGGUUCGCCCCCGGAUUAAGGUUCGCCCCCGGAUUAAGGUUCGCCCCCGGAUUAAGGUUCGCCCCCGGAUUAAGGUUCGCCCCCGGAUUAAGGUUCGCCCCCGGAUUAAGGUUCGCCCCCGGAUUAAGGUUCGCCCCCGGAUUAAGGUUCGCCCCCGGAUUAAGGUUCGCCCCCGGAUUAAGGUUCGCCCCCGGAUUAAGGUUCGCCCCCGGAUUAAGGUUCGCCCCCGGAUUAAGGUUCGCCCCCGGAUUAAGGUUCGCCCCCGGAUUAAGGUUCACCCCGGGAUUAAGGUUCGCCCCCGGAUUAAGGUUCGCCCCCGGAUUAAGGUUCGCCCCCGGAUUAAGGUUCGCCCCCGGAUUAAGGUUCGCCCCCGGAUUAAGGUUCGCCCCCGGAUUAAGGUUCGCCCCCGGAUUAAGGUUCGCCCCCGGAUUAAGGUUCGCCCCCGGAUUAAGGUUCGCCCCCGGAUUAAGGUUCGCCCCCGGAUUAAGGUUCGCCCCCGGAUUAAGGUUCGCCCCCGGAAGAAGGUUCGCCCCCGGAUUAAGGUUCGCCCCCGGAUUAAGGUUCGCCCCCGGAUUAAGGUUCGCCCCCGGAUUAAGGUUCGCCCCCGGAUUAAGGUUCGCCCCCGGAUUAAGGUUCGCCCCCGGAUUAAGGUUCGCCCCCGGAUUAAGGUUCGCCCCCGGAUUAAGGUUCGCCCCCGGAUUAAGGUUCGCCCCCGGAUUAAGGUUCGCCCCCGGAUUAAGGUUCGCCCCCGGAUUAAGGUUCGCCCCCGGAUUAAGGUUCGCCCCCGGAUUAAGGUUCGCCCCCGGAUUAAGGUUCGCCCCCGGAUUAAGGUUCGCCCCCGGAUUAAGGUUCGCCCCCGGAUUAAGGUUCGCCCCCGGAUUAAGGUUCGCCCCCGGAUUAAGGUUCGCCCCCGGAUUAAGGUUCACCCCCGUAUUAAGGUUCACCCCGGGAUUAAGGUUCGCCCCCGGAUUAAGGUUCGCCCCCGGAUUAAGGUUCGCCCCCGGAUUAAGGUUCGCCCCCGGAUUAAGGUUCGCCCCCGGAUUAAGGUUCGCCCCCGGAUUAAGGUUCGCCCCCGGAUUAAGGUUCGCCCCCGGAUUAAGGUUCGCCCCCGGAUUAAGGUUCGCCCCCGGAUUAAGGUUCGCCCCCGGAUUAAGGUUCGCCCCCGGAUUAAGGUUCGCCCCCGGAUUAAGGUUCGCCCCCGGAUUAAGGUUCGCCCCCGGAUUAAGGUUCGCCCCCGGAUUAAGGUUCGCCCCCGGAUUAAGGUUCGCCCCCGGAUUAAGGUUCGCCCCCGGAUUAAGGUUCGCCCCCGGAUUAAGGUUCGCCCCCGGAUUAAGGUUCGCCCCCGGAUUAAGGUUCGCCCCCGGAUUAAGGAUCACCUCCGGAUUAAGGUUCGCCCCCGGAUUAAGGUUCGCCCCCGGAUUAAGGUUCGCCCCCGGAUUAAGGUUCGCCCCCGGAUUAAGGUUCGCCCCCGGAUUAAGGUUCGCCCCCGGAUUAAGGUUCGCCCCCGGAUUAAGGUUCGCCCCCGGAUUAAGGUUCGCCCCCGGAUUAAGGUUCGCCCCCGGAUUAAGGUUCGCCCCCGGAUUAAGGUUCGCCCCCGGAUUAAGGUUCGCCCCCGGAUUAAGGUUCGCCCCCGGAUUAAGGUUCGCCCCCGGAUUAAGGUUCGCCCCCGGAUUAAGGUUCGCCCCCGGAUUAAGGUUCGCCCCCGGAUUAAGGUUCGCCCCCGGAUUAAGGUUCGCCCCCGGAUUAAGGUUCGCCCCCGGAUUAAGGUUCGCCCCCGGAUUAAGGUUCGCCCCCGGAUUAAGGUUCGCCCCCGGAUUAAGGUUCGCCCCCGGAUUAAGGUUCGCCCCCGGAUUAAGGUUCGCCCCCGGAUUAAGGAUCACCUCCGGAUUAAGGUUCGCCCCCGGAUUAAGGUUCGCCCCCGGAUUAAGGUUCGCCCCCGGAUUAAGGUUCGCCCCCGGAUGGAGGUUCAUCCCCGGAUUAAGGUUCGCCCCCGGAUUAAGGUUCGCCCCCGGAUUAAGGUUCGCCCCCGGAUUAAGGUUCGCCCCCGGAUUAAGGUUCGCCCCCGGAUUAAGGUUCGCCCCCGGAUUAAGGUUCGCCCCCGGAUUAAGGUUCGCCCCCGGAUUAAGGUUCGCCCCCGGAUUAAGGUUCGCCCCCGGAUUAAGGUUCGCCCCCGGAUUAAGGUUCGCCCCCGGAUUAAGGUUCGCCCCCGGAUUAAGGUUCGCCCCCGGAUUAAGGUUCGCCCCCGGAUUAAGGUUCGCCCCCGGAUUAAGGUUCGCCCCCGGAUUAAGGUUCGCCCCCGGAUUAAGGUUCGCCCCCGGAUUAAGGUUCGCCCCCGGAUUAAGGUUCGCCCCCGGAUUAAGGUUCGCCCCCGGAUUAAGGUUCGCCCCCGGAUUAAGGUUCGCCCCCGGAUUAAGGUUCGCCCCCGGAUUAAGGUUCGCCCCCGGAUUAAGGUUCGCCCCCGGAUUAAGGUUCGCCCCCGGAUUAAGGAUCGCCCACGGAUUAAUGUUCGCCCCCGGAUUAAGGUUCGCCCCCGGAUUAAGGUUCGCCCCCGGAUUAAGGUUCGCCCCCGGAUUAAGGUUCGCCCCCGGAUUAAGGUUCGCCCCCGGAUUAAGGUUCGCCCCCGGAUUAAGGUUCGCCCCCGGAUUAAGGUUCGCCCCCGGAUUAAGGUUCGCCCCCGGAUUAAGGUUCGCCCCCGGAUUAAGGUUCGCCCCCGGAUUAAGGUUCGCCCCCGGAUUAAGGUUCGCCCCCGGAUUAAGGUUCGCCCCCGGAUUAAGGACCGCCCCCGGAUUAAGGUUCGCCGCCGGAUUAAGGUUCGCCCCGGGAAUAAGGUUCGCCCCCGGAUUAAGGUUCGCCCCCGGAUUAAGGUUCGCCCCCGGAUUAAGGUUCGCCCCCGGAUUAAGGUUCGCCCCCGGAUUAAGGUUCGCCCCCGGAUUAAGGUUCGCCCCCGGAUUAAGGUUCGCCCCCGGAUUAAGGUUCGCCCCCGAAUUAAUGUUCGCCCCCGGAUUAAGGUUCGCCCCCGGAUUAAGGUUCGCACCCGGAUUAAGGUUCGCCCCCGGAUUAAGGUUCGCCCCCGGAUUAAGGUUCGCCCCCGGAUUAAGGUUCGCCCCCGGAUUAAGGUUCGCCCCCGGAUUAAGGUUCGCCCCCGGAUUAAGGUUCGCCCCCGGAUUAAGGUUCGCCCCCGGAUUAAGGUUCGCCCCCGGAUUAAGGUUCGCCCCCGGAUUAAGGUUCGCCCCCGGAUUAAGGUUCGCCCCCGGAUUAAGGUUCGCCCCCGGAUUAAGGUUCGCCCCCGGAUUAAGGUUCGCCCCCGGAUUAAGGUUCGCCCCCGGAUUAAGGUUCGCCCCCGGAUUAAGGUUCGCCCCCGGAUUAAGGUUCGCCCCCGGAUUAAGGUUCGCCCCCGGAUUAAGGUUCGCCCCCGGAUUAAGGUUCGCCCCCGGAUUAAGGUUCGCCCCCGGAUUAAGGUUCGCCCCCGGAUUAAGGUUCGCCCCCGGAUUAAGGUUCGCCCCCGGAUUAAGGUUCGCCCCCGGAUUAAGGUUCGCCCCCGGAUUAAGGUUCGCCCCCGGAUUAAGGUUCGCCCCCGGAUUAAGGUUCGCCCCCGGAUUAAGGUUCGCCCCCGGAUUAAGGUUCGCCCCCGGAUUAAGGUUCGCCCCCGGAUUAAGGUUCGCCCCCGGAUUAAGGUUCGCCCCCGGAUUAAGGUUCGCCCCCGGAUUAAGGUUCGCCCCCGGAUUAAGGUUCGCCCCCGGAUUAAGGUUCGCCCCCGGAUUAAGGUUCGCCCCCGGAUUAAGGUUCGCCCCCGGAUUAAGGUUCGCCCCCGGAUUAAGGUUCGCCCCCGGAUUAAGGUUCGCCCCCGGAUUAAGGUUCGCCCCCGGAUUAAGGUUCGCCCCCGGAUUAAGGUUCACCCCGGGAUUAAGGUUCACCCCCGGAUGGAGGUUCAACCCCGGAUGGAG